AUGACCGACACUAAGGAGGCCGAGUUAGAUGUGCGAUGCUCCGACAGUCUGGAGAAAAAGGAUGAUAUUGCACCUGAGGAUAUUAGAGACAUUGGAGCAAACCUCUAUGCGGAGGUGGAGCGAUUAUCGCCAGAGGAAAUAGAGGAAGAAGGGAUCCGAGUGCGCAAGAUGUUAGAUCGAAGGAUAUUGCCAAUUCUAUACUUGACCUUUGUAAUGCAGUUUCUGGACAAGCUUUCGCUCAACUAUGCCUCGGCCUAUACCCUGAUCCCAGAUCUCGGUCUCGAAGGCCAGAGAUAUUCUUGGGUUGCUGCUAUUUUCUACUUUGGGUACGUGUUCUGGGCAAUCCCGGCGAAUCUCCUGAUUCAACGAUUGCCCCUAGCGAAGUAUAUGGGUGGAGUCAUCAUCAUUUGGGCCGGGCUCGUUAUUGCGCAUAUCGGCGCUAAGAAUUAUGCGGGUAUCCUGGUUUUGAGAUUCCUGUUGGGCAUGGCAGAGGCAUGCGUAAGUCCGUGCCUGAUGAGUUUCACUUCCAUGUUCUACAAGAGAUCUGAACAGCCUCUGCGUAUGAGUCUCUGGAUGUCUGGCAACGGCAUGGCCACGAUGAUCGGAGCGCUUCUCAGUUUCGGAGUGGGCCAUUCUCAUAAUACCAAUAUUCACAGCUGGCAGCUCAUCUUCCUGACGAUUGGUCUGAUGAACUUCGCCACUGGUUGUCUCUUUCUCUGGCUGAUGCCCGACUCCCCUAGUUCCGCAAAGUUCCUCACCCACCGGCAACGCGUCGUGGCUGUUCAGCGAGUAUCAGAGAACAUGAUCGGAGUCAAAACCAAGCAGAUCAAGCCGCAUCAGGCCCUCGAAGCAUUAUACGACCCCAAGGUUCUUUUCAGCCUAGGAAUCGGAAUUGGCUGCGGCGUCAUCAACGGCGGCGUGUCCAACUUCUCCUCGGCGCUCAUCAAGGGUUUCGGCUUCAACGGCAUCUACGCAACCCUUCUCCAGCUCCCUACUGGAGUCACCCAAGCCGUUGUGGUGCCUAUCUGCGGCCUGAUCGCGACCUACGUCCGCGACUCGCGCUGCCUCGUCCUCGCCGCAGUAUGCCUCAUCCCGUUCGGUGGGCUCCUCGGCAUCCGAUUCACCAGCCUCGACCACAGAUGGACUCUGGUCGGCUGCACCUGGCUGCAGUACAUUAUCGGCGCCCCAAUCAUCGUGUCGUGGAACCUCUUAGCGACAAACGUCGCCGGACAUACCAAGCGCUCAAUGGCCAAUGGCAUGUGGUUCACCAUGUUCGCAGCAGGUCACGUCGCUGGCGCCAAGAUCUUCUUCGCCCGGGAAGCGCCCCGGUACCACUCCGCUUUGGCAGGUCUGCUGAUCUGUUAUGCUGGCAUGAUUGUCCUAGCGCUUGCUUCGUACACAUAUAUGAAAUGGGAGAAUCUGCGGAGAGAUCGCAAGCCAUCGCCGGACGAUGAUGUCUCGCGGCGCGAGGAAGCCGCCAUCCUUGAUGGGUUCAAAGACUUGACUGACAUGAAGUCAAAGAAUUUUCGUUAUGCGUUAUGA